UUUUUUCUGAAAUGGAUAACACUUGCAAAGUGUAGAAUUGUGAAAUUGUUGAGUUGACAAUUUGUGAGUGGACACCUGUACAUUCAUUCCUCUUCCAUUUCACUAGGCAAUCAGACCUUGAGUUGAGAAAUCAAAGCCCCAACCGCCAAAUUCCGGCUGAAUUGGGUUCAAUCCGAUCAUCACAAGGCAUGUCUUCUCAUGAGAGAGCGGUGCGGUGGCUAUUGUCCUUUCUUCUCGUCGGGUUAGGGUUUCGGAUUCAAUUCGGGACCGCAUUGAAGGUGCCUGUUCGAUUCACCGACGUGCUCCCCGUGCUGCCGCGUCAGGUCUCGUGGCCUGUGCUCAACAACAUCCACAGCGCCGUCGACUUGCUUCCGCAGUAUAUCGGCUCCUUGGCGCCCGAAAACGGCACGAUUAACUGGAACGGCUCCUGUUUCUUCGACAAUCAAGCCAGGAUCGAGCUCACCGGCACCGGUGAUAGGGGAAUUGGUGGCGGCGUCAUCCACCUCUCGACUGCCGCUGCGCAUAGCUGGUCGUGCAUGGAUUUGUAUGUAUUUGCAACUCCUUACAGGGUCACUUGGGAUUACUAUUUCUCUGCUCGAGACCACACACUGGAAAUUGAAUCAUGGGAGGAACCUGCCGAAAUAGAAUAUGUAAAGCAGCAUGGGAUCUCUGUUUUUCUUAUGCCAUCCGGAAUGCUUGGGACAUUCCUUUCGUUGGUUGAUAUCCUGCCGCUAUUUUCAAACACUGGAUGGGGUCAGAGUGCUAAUCUAGCUUUCCUGGAAAAACACAUGGGUGCAUCAUUUGAAAAACGCCAUCAACCAUGGCGUACUACAAUCAAUCCAGCAGAUGUGCAUUCUGGUGACUUCUUAGCUGUUUCAAAGAUCCGUGGACGCUGGGGUGGAUUUGAGACACUGGAAAAGUGGGUCACUGGUGCAUUUGCUGGACAUACAGCUGUAUGCUUGAAGGACGAAAUGGGUAAUCUUUGGGUUGGUGAAUCCGGACAUGAAAAUGAAAAGGGUGAAGAAAUUAUUGCUGUAAUUCCUUGGGAUGAAUGGUGGAAUAUGGCACUCAAGGAUAGUUCUAAUCCACAAAUUGCGCUGUUACCCCUACAUCCCGAAUUACGUGCUAAGUUUAACAACACUGCAGCCUGGGAGUAUGCUCGGCAGAUGUCAGGCAAGCCAUAUGGUUAUCACAACAUGAUCUUUAGUUGGAUUGACACUGUAGCUGAUAAUUACCCUCCACCACUAGAUGCUCACUUGGUCAUUUCUGUCAUGUCUAUGUGGACUAGAAUGCAGCCAGCAUAUGCUGCAAACAUGUGGAAUGAAGCUCUUAACAUGCGGCUUGGGACAAAGGAUCUUGGCCUGCAUGAAAUUCUAGCUGAGACAGAAAAGCGAGGCAUAACUUUCGAUCAGUUACUAACUAUCCCAGAACAGGAUGAAUGGGUUUACAGUGAUGGUAAGUCUACAACGUGUGUGGCCUUUAUUCUGGCUAUGUAUAAAGCGGCUGGAGUAUUUGGUCCAGUAUCCAAUUCCAUCCAAGUAACCGAGUUCACAAUCAGAGAUGCUUACAUGCUCAAAAUAUUUGAGAACAACGCAACAAGAUUUCCACAUUGGUGUAACAAUGAAGUGGACCAGCUGCCGUUCUGCCAGAUCUUGGGUGAGUAUAAAAUGGAACUUCCACUCUACAACACUUUGGAGGCAUAUGCCCAGAUGAACGAGCGCUGCCCGUCUCUACCCCCAACUUAUGAGAGGCCUCUUCAGUGUUGAAUACGAUUGAUUAUAUGUAAGAAUAUUCGUCCCCCCCGAAACUCCAGGCUAGUAUCGUCUUGGCUUAAAAACACGUUGUGCUUUCAAUUUUCCUUUAUCAAAGUGUAGAUAUUGGCGGGGAAUGCUGAAUGAAGAGUCUCCCUCCCUAUUAGGAGUAUUACACUCCGAUAACAAUUUUAUGCUUGCAGAUUAAUCCUAUAGAUCUAGAACACGUUUAAUAGCAUGUAAAUGAAUUGAAUCCUAAACGUGCAGCUAUGAAUUCAAAAUUCAGAGAUUAAUUUUUGAA